UAUUGUAUAUUUUGGUUGUUUAAUUAUUUUGGCGUUUUUGAAACAACCACCGUUUAAAAAUUUGUAAGACAUUAAUUUCGCCAUAAACUCUUUUUCUUAUGUAUUUCUUCUUUGAAAAGGUUUCAAACUCAUGUAACAACAAUUUCAUGGAGCUGAUAUUAUUAUUCUUCCUUCUUAUGGCAUUAUUGGUAUCUAUCUCCUCUUCAAGUUCCAUAUCGGAUAGUGUGUUCGAAUCACAAACCUCGGUUAGUGGAAGGAACCUCCUUCAUGCCAAGAAAAAAUGUGAAGUGAACUUUGAGUAUAUGGACUACAAGUCCUUGACAAAGCGGUGCAAAGGUCCAGCAUUUCCAGCCAAAGAAUGUUGCUCUGCGUUUAAAGAGUUUGCAUGUCCUUACGUGAGUCAGAUCAACGACAUGAAUAGUGAUUGUGCACAAACAAUGUUCAGCUACAUGAAUAUUUACGGAAACUACCCUCCUGGCCUUUUCGCUAACGAGUGCAGAGAAAGGAAAGAUGGAAUUGUUUGCCCUUUACCACCUCUCUAUUCUCCUCACCUAAAUGCCUCAACCGCUGAUUCGACCCCUCCUCGUCUCAUCUCGCUGCUGAUCUCUGCUGCGACCGCUGUUUUGGCUUUAUUAGUGUUGACUUGAUCAAUCGAAGGAAAUUGAAAGAGCUAAAGAGUGAUUGCGUUUUGAUACCAUAUUAGCUA